CAAUUUUUACACAGUUGGUAUUGCUCUUACUUUAUGAUCUAGUCUAUGUGUGCAUGCUUAUGUUGUGAAAGCGGAAUUGUGUGAUGUCUAUUUGAAAACGUGUUGUAAAAUAAAGAAUUUUAACACUAAAGCGGUGUUUAAAAUGGGCAGUUAAAUUUUCAGACACCAGCAGUAGCAGUUCUUACAAAGUUGUAUAUCUCUCGGAUUCGUUUUUGCAAUGGCCCGAAAUGCUGAGAAAGCGAUGACAACUUUGGCCCGUUGGAGGGCGGCCCAAGUAAGUGAUACAGGAAAGGAAAGGGAAAGGAGACCAUAUCUUGCAUCUGAAUGUCUUGAUCUGCCCAAAGCAGAGAAAUGGAGAAUGCAAAUUAUUCGAGAAACUGCGAAGAAAGUUGCUCAGAUACAAAAUGCUGGGCUUGGUGAGUUUAGGAUCCGAGAUCUAAAUGAUGAGAUAAACAAACUUCUCCGUGAGAAGGGUCACUGGGAGACACAGAUACGAGAACUUGGAGGUCCUGAUUAUGCCAAGGUAGGACCUCGUAUGUUGGAUCAUGAGGGCAAGGAGGUUCCUGGGAAUCGAGGUUACAAGUAUUUUGGAGCAGCCAAAGACUUGCCAGGUGUGAGAGAGCUUUUUGAACAGGAACCGCCCCCUCCCCCGAGAAAGACACGUGCUGAGCUCAUGAAAGACAUUGAUGCUGAUUAUUAUGGUUAUCGAGAUGAUGAUGAUGGAAUUCUAACACCACUCGAACAAAAUGAGGAAAGAAGAGCAAUAGCAAAUGCUGUGGCUGAUUGGAAAGCAAAGAAAGAGGCAUCUCUUCAUGCAGUGGGAGAAGACCUGGGUCAAGCCCAAGAAGAAGAAGAGGAAGAGAAUAUUUAUGCUGUGCCACCAGAAAUGGAUUCUGAUGAAGAUGAAAAGCAGACUUCAGAAGAAGCCCAGCAGCCAAAGUUCAUCGCACACGUUCCAGUCCCAUCACAACGAGAAGUAGAAGAGGCAUUACUGAGGCGUAAAAAACAGGAACUUUUGGAAAAAUAUGCAAGUGAAAACUUAAUUAAUCAGUCAGAAGAAGUGAAAGACUUGUUGGGAGUUCAUACAUGAAAACUGUGAUAAACUAAUAUGUCCAGGAAAACUGUGCAAGAAACUGUAUGGGAUGACCACUGGUAAGAACCAUUGUUUGGUUUAUUAAUGAUCACAUGACUGAUAUACUGUCACAUUCUGCUUUGGAAAAAUAUGUGUCACUUGGGGAGUGUUUGGCCAACUGCUGUGCCCUAUGUUACGACAGCAUCAGAGAAGUAUAUAGGAUGUCCGAUCAUUGCAUGUUAAGCAUACGUCAUUAUUCUAUGCUGAAAACUGAACAGAAAAUCUACAGUGCAUAUGGGGCCUGAUUUUCUGUUUAGUUAUCAAGAUGUGAUGUGUUUUUAGAGUUCACAGUUUGGCAUAAAGAAAUAAUAAACAUAAGCAAUUGUAGAUUAAACUUCAUUACUGAAUGUACAGUAAUUAUGAACAACAUUAAUUGUUGAAAAUUUUGACUUGUUUUCAAUGCAAGCUUUGGCACGGUGCACUCAUGACCAUCAUACAAUGUGCAGUACUUCUGAUGCAGUUCUCAUCUCUGCUACUAUGUAAUCCAUAUGUACAGUAAACUUUAGUUUUGAGUGUGCCCCACAGGAAGAGAUACAAAGGAUUAAGGUCUGAGCCACUGUACCAGACCAUUAUGGCUUGCCCAACAAUUCUCAGAUGUUGAUAUAACAACUUGCUAUAGCAUUGUUGAACUGUGAAGGCACUCCAGAGGUACUGAAGAGUAUGUGAUGGUCAUAUAUGAUUUGAAGCUUACACGGUGGCGUAACUCAGUAAACAUUUCUCGGGUGAUGGCUAAAUGAUUAAACUGACGUUUCAGGAACCAUCUCUGUCCCCAUCAUCAGGGUUCUGUUGUGACCAGAUUAUGUGGUUUCAUCGUUUAGCCAUCUGAUCACCCCAGAAAAUUUUAUUGUAUAUGAUGGUCAUUAAUGCAUGGUGCUGAAACUUGCAUUGAAAACAAUGGUCACCAUUUCCAACAGUUAAUGUAGCUACUUGUGACUCCUAUAUAUUCAAUACUAACAUUUUGUUACAAUUAUGCUUACACUUUCUCUUUCUUUAUUACUGAUUGUGAGCUCUCAAACAUUUAUUUCGUAGUUGGAUUUGAGAUUUUCACAGCAGUGAGUAUAAAGAUGGCUGCCUUCUGGUAGAAGUUUGUCGAUGUUUCAGAGAUCCUUCAUGCCUCCAUCAGGGCACUAAUCGCCAAUGUCAUUUCAUAUCUUGAUAACUGAGUCCUUCAAGCCCUAUGUGCCUUAAAGCUUUUUUGUUCAGUUUUCAGUAUAGCAUAAUGCUGUAUACUUUCUGAUGUGCAAUUACAGGAUGCCUGUAUCACUGUUGUGUAAAUAGUUCAGAAAAUGCCUAGGUAUCAAAUGCUUAAAUGCCUAGGUACAAUGCAGUGACCUGUUCGAAGAUGUGAUAUCCGAAACUACAGUUUUAUUGUAUAAUAACAUUACAAGUUCAUGUCACAUUUAUUUUACUGUCAGAUGGAUGUGGCACAAAGGAUGACUCAGAAACAAUAUAUGAGAUAUGAUAUGGAAUUUUUAUUCAGAAGAAUUUGUAUGCUAGGUAUAAAAUAUAAAUUUGAUUCAUACAAUAGUAUAUCUGUUCUCAGACACAGUUAAUUUAACCCUGUCUGUUGUGAAUUCAUGGUUGUCCCCACAGAAAGGGUAUUUUUAUCUUUUGUUUUAUUUAGUGGCCCUGUCAGUGGCUGAGACUACCAUUAACAAAGAGGAUAAGGGGAAGACAUACCAGAUGUUAUCAAAUGGCAUUAUGAUACAUCCAUUUCAGAAGAAAUCCUUCCAAAACUAUGGGGACCACAUAUUCAUAUUUAUUUAAUAUACCACCAGGUAUACCAACAAGUUACGUAUUUGUGUUCCAUUCACAAAGCAUUCUUCUUUGUUGGUUGUUGUACCAUUGCAUACAUUUAACUUCACCAUCCUGAAUUGUGUAUAAAAAGUCAAUUCAAUAGAAGUAAAUGAUUUACAAAUCAGUGGAUCUGAUGUGUAGUUAUUCAUUUAAUUUAAAAAUUAUGAUUUUCUCAUAACUUGAAAUUUCAGGGCACCAAUUGUUCUUUUGAUCUUUACUACUGAGUGACAUGCUCCAAGAAUUGUUACUUUGGAAGUUCCAUUUGAAACAACUUAUUGUUUUCAAAUAGAUUUCUGUAUUUCAACCAAUAUAUAUUGUUAUCUUAAUGAAAUAUGAAAUACAUCCUAAAAUUAGAUUAAAAACUGAAAAUCAAAUUA